GUUUGGAACAACUUCAUACAGCGAUAACGAAUUUGAUUCAAUGAGAAUAUCUUUUGCAGACAUCGAAUGGAUGUUUGUGCAAUGUCCUGUACUUGUAUCGAAGAUAGACGAACGAACUUGGUUUUAUUCAUUGUUAUAUCAAUAAUAGUGGCCGCAAGAUGUUCCAGAGUGUUCGACGUAAAUGACCUCGAUGACGACCAAAAGAUAUUAGUCUCGGACUACUGUCCUAAGUCAGAAUAUUGUGCAGAAGGAGCCCAUGUUAUGUGCCUGUAUUAUCACUCGGAAAGAAGAUUUGGACAACAAUGUUUGGAGCCUCAAGAAGUGACUAUGGGUGAUGCAGAAGUCACUAAAAUUCUUCAUGUUGUAAACUCAAUCCGCGGGAGGCUAGCUCUUGGGAAGGAGACUGGAAGAGAUGGUGAACUGCUGCCUCGUGCUUAUGGAAUGAACAGACUGGAAUGGGAUCCGGAGUUAGCUACUUUCGCCCAAGUUUUAGCGGAACAGUGCACCUUGAAACAUGAUCUAUGUCGAGCAACAAAAAAAUUCAGCAAUCCUGGACAAACGGCGGCAUUAGCUCGUUUUGAAUAUAAAACCUGGGGCUACUUUCCUGAAGCUAACAAAAUCUUUAUUGCUAACAAUACUUUGGGACUUAAUGCCGAGAAAAUAAUGUAUACUGUUCUUUAUUCAACCAAUGUUUGGUACACGAGAAGGAAAGUCAUUACUAGUGAUAAUGUGAAGAAUUACCCCGACUUCAGAACGGCUCCCGAAUUAGUACAAUCGAGGCUGUAUAUGGUAAUGGUAUCAGGUGAAUCAACACAUAUGGGAUGCGGCAUGGCCGCCUAUGUCGAAUACUUAUACCAUAAAGAAAGAGUAAAUAGGACUUUUAACGCAAUGUCAAUAAUCUGUAACUUCUCGCAUGGACCUAAUAGUGGAAAACCUUUAUAUAACAUUAACCCGCCCACGGAGAACGAUAUCGGCUAUACGGUGCGCUGUGGAUGUCCACCAGGGUAUGAUGAAGACAGCAGUUGUUUGUGUUACCCAAGCAAUCGAACGAUGCCUCCAAUUAAAGAAUGUAAAAACGGCAAAUGCAAACCGCCAGUUGUGAUCUUGCCUAUAUUUACCAUUGAGAAUGCUCCAUCCAGCAGGUUUUACAAGCCUCAGAACAAUCAGUCCUUGAGGAUUUUCGGGGAAUCGUUUGAGAUGUAUGAGGACCACAACAGGAUUGAUCCAGAACCGGAAACAAAUUAUCAUUACUAUCGAAGAACUAAGCCUCCUCAACGACUUAUCAAUUCAGCUAUAAAGCAAACCAUGAUCAGACCAAGAUAUUUCGGAAGUCCUGUUAGCCUGUACCGGCAGCCAUUUAAUACUCCUGCAUACAAACCUUAUGGUAAUUUGCAUAAAGCACAACGAAAACUUGGAAGCAUAUUUACAAAGUCUGCUAUUUUUGUACUACCUACAAGAAAAAGUAACGGUGGGAAUAUGCGAAAUAGAAAAAAAAAAGAUGUUAUACCAAGAAAAGAUUUUACAGAAGCAAAAAAGUUAGUAUCGGUUUACUUGAACCAAAAACGGAAUGAAAUGAAUGAAAAAAACGAGAAUAUAAAUAUAUUUAGCCAUGCACUAGAAUCAACUCGACGACCAAUUUUAGAAGAAUAUAGUAAAGUUACUAAAACAGCUACAACAAAAAAAGAAAAUGUAAUUGAAUAUCAUGAACCUAUUAGUAAUUUACACCCAAAUAUUCCACCAAAUAAUAUAACUAGUACAAUGAUAGGAAAUAUCGCCGAAUCAAAAUUGAUGGUUUUAUUAAACGAUAUAGAAAAGGAAUUAAGACAAAUGAAAAUAGGAACUAAUGAGAGAGAAUUGUUCGACUUGAAGUUACGAGAUAUCUAUGAAAUUAUUGGUAAACCGAAUAAUAUUCAUAGACAGUUUUUAGAUGACAUUAAAAAUGAAGAUUAUGGUAAAUAUGAAACAUUUCACACUGAUUCUCAAAAAGAUGUUCAAUUUAACACUAAUUUGAAAUACAGUAAAAACUUUGAUUCGUUAGGAAAGCAAAAUCAUGACCAAAGUGAAAUCGUUGGUGUUAAUAAUGAAGAAGAGAUUAAAGAAAGAAAAAGACAUGAGAAUUAUUUACAUAAUCAGCAAGAAGAUACGGAGAGGCAAGUCAAACAUUUGUAUUCGAUGAGAAGAAAAAAUAAGGAUUUAUAUAAACAUGAUGGCAAUGAAUUACAUAAAAAUAUAAGAAACGGAUUCUCAGAGGAAGUUUUGAGUCAAGACAGGCGAAAAUUCUACCAAGAAAAGCUUGAUAAUCUUGAAAGAAGACUGCAUAACAUGAAGCACUCUAGACACAGAAAUGGGUUCCAGGUACCCAGCGAUCGUCGUAUGCGGCCUAUUAAGAAAACUCCUCAACAGAACAGACAAAGAGACAAUCCUAUCUAUUUUCCUGAUGGAGCAAGAUUUCUGCAUGGAUUCUAAAAUCAUUAAAUAAAAAUUUACACUGA